AUGACUUCAGAUGUUCAUUACAAAGUCACUGUGCAAACUGGAGAAAUAGGAACGAGUGCUAAUGUUUCGAUUACGAUAUUUGGUGACAAUGAUCAAACACCUAAUUUAGCGUUAACUGGAAAAGAAGGUGAUGAUGUAGUGUUUGAAAAAGAUGGAUCGAAAGAAUUUGAUCUUCAAUCGGUGGACGUUGGAAAGAUUACAAAAAUUAAUAUUGGCCAUGAUGGAAAAGGAGAGGAUGGCGAGUGGUAUUUGAACACGAUUAAAAUUGAAAAAGAUAAUAAUCAAUACAUAUUUAAAGCAGACCGCUUGUUGAGUGAUGAAAAAAAUGAUAAAAAGACGAAUAUUGACCUAUUUCCAGAAGAUACUGAAAACGAGCGUACACAAACUCCGAAACCAAUAACUCCAACACCGACACCGAAAAAAGAUCAAUCUCAGUAUAAAAUCCUCAUCAAAACGAGUGCAGUAAAAAAUGCUGGUACUGACGCCAAUGUGGGAAUUACGAUUUUUGGUGAUAAGGGAGAAACAUCGCAGCUUCCACUAACGGAUACAAAGCAAGGAAAAGUGGCAUCAUUUGAAGAGAAUACAACAAAUGAAUUUGAGAUCGAGGGAGAUGAUGUUGGAAAGAUAAAUAAAAUCAAUAUCGGUCACAAUGGAAAAGGAACAGAACAAGCAUGGCAUUUGAGUUUAGUAGAAAUUCACAAAGGAGGAGAUAGUUACAAGUUUACCGUUAACAAAUGGUUAGAUGAUGAACAGGGCGAUCAAAAAACGUAUAUUGAUCUUACACCUGAUCCUGCUGGUAAAGCUGCCAGUGCAAAAUCAAAAUCAAUCAGAACAGAUUCUCCACGAUUAACACCGCAGAAUGGAAACGAACCUGUCAAAUCACCUCUCCCACAAAAAUCUGAGUUAUCUAAGAAAAAAGAAACGCCAAGACCAGGCACACCGCCAACUACAGAGAAGAAACCUGCACCAGCACCGUCAAAACCAAAAAUUACUGAAUCUUCAUAUCAGAUUACAGUGAAAACGGGUGAAAAACAAGAAUCUCAUCCAGAAGCAACUGUCUCUUUGAUCAUUAACGGUGAUCAAAAACAGACCGAAAAACUCUCACUUAAUCAGACAAAAAGUAAUAAUGCAGCAUCAUUUGCAAAAAGUUCAACUGAUGAAUUUGUUAUCAGUGCCGUGGAUGUUGGAUCUAAGAUACAACGAGAUGAUGAACUAACUGUAUUAUUGCCUUAUAGAUUUAAAGCAAAUCAAUUACUUGAUGAACGAGAAGGACGUACUUACAUCGAUUUAUAUCCAGAAUCAUCAUCUUCACCAAAGAAAAUAAAACAACAAGAACCAAAAUUACAUGUCAUAAAUAAAAUUGUUGAGAAAGUCACGAAAGGUAACAUUUUUAACAAAAAUAAAAUUAUAUAA